AUGGCUCCAUAUACCUUCAAACCCGUUACUGUUAGCCAUAAUCCUGGCGAGAAUGAUAUCGCCACAGUGAUCCUGAAGCGCUGGUACGACAAGGCCGAACUUGCGCAAGCAAUUGAGUAUCUACCGCCCGGCCUGACAAUUCACUCCUGGGCGAUUGUUCUCAACAAGCUCAAGGAUGCCUUGGGUACGGAGAAGGUAGUCGUUGGCAAAGAAUUACAUAUCGAAUACAUGGAUCCGUUUUCGAUGAAUGCCGACGAGAGGGAAAAGCGCGGCAGUGCCUGCGCCGUGCGACCUACAACUGUUGAAGAAAUUCAGAAAAUUGUGGCGAUCGCAAAUGAAUACAAGAUCCCUCUGUGGACGGUUUCCCGUGGCAAGAAUCUUGGUUAUGGUGGCCCUCAAGCACGCGUCAAGGGCUCGAUUAUCGUGGAUCUCCAGAACAUGAACAAGAUCCUUGAAGUCAACGAGAAGUUUUCAUACUAUACUGUGGAGCCGGGUGUGAACUUUUUCCAGCUUUUCCAGGAGAUCCAGGCACAAAAGAAGCAUAUCUGGUGUUCGGCUCCCGCUUUGGGCUGGGGAAGCGUGGUUGGAAAUGCGCUCGAUCGGGGCUGGGGAUACACUACCCACGGCGAUCACUCCAACCAAAUUUGCGGCAUUGAGGUAGUUCUCCCUGACGGCACAUUGGUUCGAACGGGCAUGGGCGCUCUGGAUAACUCCGUCUGCGGGCCACUGUUCCGUGGUGGCUAUGGUCCGACCUACGAUUCGAUGUUCAGUCAGUCCAACUUUGGCAUUGUCACCAAAAUGUCAAUCUGGGCAUGCCCUGCCCCCGAGGGAUUCACGCGAGUCGUCCUCUCGGUCCCCGAGGAGCGUGAUCUGGCACCCAUGGUGGAUGCUCUCCGCGAGUUGCUCCUGCGGGACAAGAUUCAAAACCACCCGGUUAUCGGUAACGUGCUUCGCGAGAUCAAUAAACGCGGUCUGCGCAAAAACUUCUGGGACAAGGAUUCUUCGAUUCCAUACCACCGAAUCAAGGAAAUCCAAAAGGAGCUCGGAUUGGGAUUCUGGGACGCCACCUUUGCUCUAUACGGGCCUAAGGAGGUGAUGGAUUAUAAUCUCAAGCAGAUCCGAGAAGCAUUUAAGCCAAUCAAUGGCCAUGUGUUGACAGCAACUGCUCACUACCCCAAGCCCGGUCAAAAAUAUCUCAACGCCCUCGACGUCCCUUACGAUCUGCAAACUGGAAAUCCAGGUCUGCGCCCUAUCAAGUCAAUUGAAUACCGUGGACUUGACGGUGGACACAUUUCCUUCUCCCCUGUCCUACCCUCAGACGGAAAGGCAGCUCUCGACUUCUACUACACAGCACAGAAGAUAUGCCAAAAGCACGGUUAUGAUUUCGUCGCCGGUUUGCACAUGCACUUGCGACACAUGACACACAUCAACAUGAUUCACUUCGACCGCAACUCCCAAAAGGACAAGGACACCGCCAGCACCUUAUUCGUUGAUUUGGUUCAUGCUGCACGACAAGCCGGCUAUGGCGAGUAUCGCGCACACAUUGAACAUAUGGAUCUAGUUGCCGAGCAGUACGAUUAUGGCGGUGGUGCGUUGAUGCGCUUGAAUGAGCGAAUUAAGGAUAUGCUGGAUCCCAAUGGUAUUCUGAGCCCAGGAAAACAGGGUAUAUGGCCCAAGCAUUACCGAAAUAAGGGGAAGUCGCAACUGUAA